AUGUUUGAGAAUGAAGUUGGAAAUGAACCUCUUGCAAUUCAAGACCUCUUGGUGAAGUCCAUGACAUACCAAAUCAACUACCACCAACGUCAAGAUCCUAGCUUAGUUUGCUCAGAAAGAUUACAACUGUGGAAGGAUGAAAUAAAUGAAGACAGUGAGAAGAAAAUGAAGGAAUUGUGGGAUAUAUUUAUCCAAGGAGAAAAGAGAUCAAAGGAGCUGGAAGCGGAGUUGGCAACAUACGUAUAG